AUUUUAGGGUUCUCACUGCGUCGUGAAAUCAAAUCAUAUAUAAACAAAAUUACGCAUUUUUGCCAUGAGACUUUAGUUUUUUUCACAGUUGAGAAAUCUCGCCGCCGUUUGAAGAAAGAAGAAGAGAUGGGAGUUUUCUCAUUCGUGUGCAAAAGCAAAGGCGGAGAAUGGACCGCAAAGCAACACGAAGGAGAUCUUGAAGCUUCAGCUUCUUCCACCUACGAUCUCCAGCGCAAGCUUGUUCAGACUGCUCUCUCCGCCGAUUCAUCUGGCGGCGUUCAGUCUUCUUUCUCUCUUGUCUCUCCUACCUCCGCCGUCUUCGUGGUGGUCAUUGGUGGUGGUGGUGGUGGAGGAUUUGCUGCCGGAGGAGGUGCAGCUGCUGGAGGUGGUGGUGGUGGUGAGGCUGCCGCAGCCACAAAGGAGGAAGAGAAGAAGAAGGAAGAAUCUGAAGAGGAAGAGGGAGACUUUGGAUUUGAUCUCUUUGGUUAAGAGACCUAAAACAACUUUGUUAGUGUUCUGAGGUUUUUCUAUCUCAAUUUUCUUUUUGUUUUCUGAUAUUUUCGAGACUAUAAUGUAAUGUCAGAAAUAUAUGUUUGUUUCUGGUUUCAGCUUUUCUUCUGCAAAAACUUAUAGUUUAAAUCCAUAAUUUUUUGUCAUUUUUGGUCAAUUUGUUAAAUUGUGAUUGCUUAUAUAAUCAUCUUAUUCUCUAUUGUUUCUGGUGGUAGUGUUUUCUGGCUUCUGGUCUAUUUGGUGUAAGAAAAAGUUUAAUGUUUUACCUCUUUGUGAAGACAAAUUUGGUGUUACUUUGAAUUUUUGUUUGCCAAAAGUAUAGUGUACGUGAG